AUGUCCUUCACAUUCAUAUCAAAUUUUGCGGUUUGCCUGAGGGCCAAUCGUCGUCGAGCUGGUUCGGGUUCAGUGCUGCGGCAUUGCAAUUGGUGGCCACCCAGGUUAGGAUCUCGAGAUGGUGGUGUAUGCCCACCAGUGGUAGGAGAAGCCAUAUGCAAUGUUGAUCUGAAAUUGGGAGCUGAUGGGGUCCACGUUGCUCAGGCAGGCUGCCUUCAUACUGUGUCACAAGCCUUGCUAUAUCUACUCGAGACAGGUUGA